UGUGUGGCGAAAGGUCGAGUAAAGUUAUCACGAAUAUAUACCUCUCUCUCUCUCUCUCUCAUCCAUGCACAUCAUUUAGUCUAUAGUGAUUCAAGUAAGUGUUAUGAUCAGCAAAUACGUUUUAAAGACCAGACAAGCAAUAAUGUCGAUGGGAAAGAUGAAGAGAAAAAUAAUAUCAUCUCCUUUAAGCCCAAAACCUGUUGGACCUUAUAAUCAAGCAAUACUUGUGGAUCGCACUGUGUAUUUGUCUGGUGUUCUUGGGAUUGAUGUUAAAACAGGAAAACUUGUCGAAGGAGGCGCUGUUCCAGAAGCUCAACAGGUUCUUAAAAAUAUGGGGCAUAUUUUAAAAGAGGCUGGAUCCGAUUAUAACAAAGUCAUUAAGACAACAAUUUUAUUGCAAAAUAUCAAUGACUUUGCUGGUAUAAACGAAGUCUACAAAGAAUAUUUUAAGGAGAACUACCCGGCUCGAUCGACGUAUCAAGUGGGAAAACUUCCAAUGGGAGCACAGGUUGAAAUUGAAGCCAUUGCAAUUACAGGCGAAGUUGAAACAAUUUAAACAAACCGUUCUUAAUAUGAUUUUAUAUGAUGAAAUAUACUUGAAUUCGCAUUGAAA